CCAUGUUUCAAACUGCUGUUGUGCAGCCCACACUGCAUCAGCCGCUGCACUCCAAGGUGUCCAACUAUUUGAAUAAUCAACGCCGCACGGGACAAUUCUGUGACUUGCUGCUUGAACUGGAAUCGGAUGAUGCGCCUUGCACUUGUAGCGUGCACUACUGCGUCGUGGCCGCUCAGAGCCAGCUUAUUGGCAUCAAGCAGCAAAAGCAACAACAGUUCUCCAUACAUAAUCCGCUUAAAAUAAAAAUUACCAACUUCAGUUGCAAUGUUUGUCUGCAAACUAUUGUGGAUUUCUUCUACGAGGACAUUGUAUCGGUUUCAAAGGAGCACGAACAGCACUUUCGUGAGCUGGCCAAGAUAUUGGCUGUAACAGAGCUGCUCAAUUUAUACCAACUGGAUCAGUCCAAUGACAACAAUAUAAGCAUUGAACCAAAAGCUGGCGAGGCUAAUGAACUGGACCACCAACUGCAGUCGACUACAAAGCCGGAUGUGGUUUUUGAAAAUCAGCAAAGCUAUUUUAAGUUGAAGAAUCCACGUGCUGUUAAGUCCAGCAGUAAAGUCAACUACUGCAUAGGCUGCGACUUUAAAUGCUAUCAAGUUCAAAAGAUGAUUGACCACAUGAGUAGCUGUGAGCCCUCCCACUUGACCUGUUCCCUAUGCGAGGUGGGUUUCCUGGAUUGGCGCGAGUACGACACACACCUGCGACAUCAUGGCUCCGAUCUGCGCAAGCCCUUCUUCUGUUUGCAGUGCGACAAUCGAUUUAGCACACGUGCAGCUCUGCUAAUUCAUCAGCCAAAGCACUCGACGGAAACGCCACACGUCUGCACACACUGUGGCAAGGCGUUUAAAUGGAAGCAGGGACUAAGCAACCAUCUGCUGGUGCAUAAUCCGCAGAAGCAAAUGCUGUGCGAUGUCUGCGGCUACAGCACAACGCAUAUGAAGGCCUUGAAGAGCCACAAGCUCUUGCACACGGGCGAGUUCUUUGCCUGCACAGUGCCUGGCUGCAAGCAUCGCGCUAAUCGCAAGGAGAACAUGAAACUGCACAUUGAGACUCACAAGCAGGGACGUGAUUUUAUUUGUGAAAUCUGCGGCUGCAAGUUUAGCCAAAGCAAGAAUCUCAAGCGUCAUGCGCUAAAGCAUACAGAGGGCGGUCAGAAUCGCUACAAGUGCCAGCUGUGUGGCUUCAGUAGUCAUCGUUCGGACAAGAUGAAGGAGCAUGUGCAGCGUGUGCAUACGGAAAAGGCGGUGCAACUGGAGCUUUCCGAAACAGUCGACAGCUCAUUUGAGACUGACGACUUUGCCUUGCCCAACACUUGAGACGCCAUCAGCGACAACAAAGGAUGCCAAUGUCGAACAAGUAACAAGAAAAGCACGCAAGAGCGCCAUAGCAACAGCUACAAUCCCAAGUGUUAAACGCUUAAUGACGUUGCUGCCAAAGGAGACAACAGAAAUGUUGCCUUAAGCUAGA